AUGGAGGUGAAAAGAACAAAAGGCCGCCAAAGGAUACCCAUAAAAAAAAUAGAAAAAGAGAGUGACUGUUUUGCCACAUUCUCCAAACGCCGUCUCGGGCUUUUUAAGAAGGCCAGCGAGCUCAGCAAGCUCUGCAAAAUCGACAUCGGGCUCGUCAUCUUCUCACCCACCGGCAAGCCCUUCUCAUUUUUCCAUCCGAAUGUGGAGUCCGUUUUCGGAAGGACACUAAGCCCUAUCCAAGGGCCCAACAAAAGUGAUGCAGCCCGUCUAUUGGAGGCCCAUUCCCGAAUUAGGGUUUCUCAAAUCAACUGGAUGCUCGAGAGGCUCGGAGAGCAGUUGGAAAUCGAGAAUGAGAGAGAGGGACAAAUGGAGGUUCUCAAGGCCGAGACGUGUGGGGAAAAGUGGUGGGAAAACGAGAGUAUUGACAAGUUUGGUGAGGAGAAAGUGGGGCAGCUUACUCCUGACCAAGUCAACAUCACCAAGCUCGCCAAAACUGUUUUCCACGUUCAACCACUCUUCCAAAAGUAUUGUUCUUUCCUCUUUCAAUUCGGGGGCAGAAUCUCGAAAAUAGCCCUCGUCUAUAGCAGAUGCCUCAAACUUUGCAUAACUGAUCCAUACUUUCACGUUUUUCGAGCGAUUCAGAAGCCUUUCGUAUAG